GACAAAGUUAAACUAUAAUCCUCCAAAAGAUGACGGAUCCACUUAUAAGAUUGAACUUGAAGGGAUAUCGGUAAUGGUUAUGAGAGAGAUCCUGGAUUACAUCUUCAGUGGGCAGAUCAGGCUAAAUGAAGACACGAUCCAAGAUGUUGUACAGGCAGCCGACCUGCUGCUGCUGACGGACCUUAAAACCUUGUGCUGCGAGUUCCUGGAGGGCUGCAUUGCUGCAGAGAACUGCAUCGGCAUCCGUGACUUUGCACUGCACUAUUGCCUGCACCAUGUGCAUUACCUGGCCACCGAGUACCUGGAGACUCACUUCCGAGACGUCAGCAACACAGAGGAGUUCCUGGAGCUGAGUCCACAGAAGCUCAAAGAAGUGAUCUCUCUUGAGAAACUGAAUGUUGGCAAUGAAAGAUACGUGUUUGAGGCGGUGAUUCGGUGGAUAGCACAUGACACAGAGAUGAGAAAGGUCCACAUGAAGGAUGUCAUGUCAGCACUCUGGGUUUCAGGGCUGGACUCCAGCUAUCUGCGGGAGCAGAUGCUGAAUGAACCCUUGGUACGAGAAAUCGUCAAAGAGUGCAGCAACAUCCCGCUCAGCCAGCCGCAGCAGGGGGAAGCCAUGCUGGCCAGCUUCAAGCCAAGGGGCUACUCAGAGUGCAUAGUGACCAUUGGAGGAGAAGAAAGAGUUUCACGGAAACCCACGGCCGCCAUGCGCUGUAUGUGCCCUCUCUACGACCCUAACAGGCAGCUGUGGAUCGAGCUGGCCCCUCUGAGCAUGCCGAGAAUUAACCAUGGCGUUCUGUCAGCAGAAGGAUUUUUGUUUGUGUUGGGGGGCCAAGAUGAAAAUAAGCAGACACUGAGCUCGGGGGAGAAGUAUGACCCAGACGCCAACACGUGGACUCCUCUUCCACCCAUGAAUGAGGCAAGACACAACUUCGGGAUCGUGGAGAUAGAUGGGAUGCUGUACAUCCUCGGAGGGGAGGAUGGUGACCGGGAAUUGAUUUCCAUGGAGUGUUACGAUAUUUAUUCAAAAACCUGGACGAAGCAACCUGACUUGACCAUGGUUAGAAAGAUUGGCUGCUAUGCAGCUAUGAAAAAGAAAAUCUAUGCCAUGGGUGGAGGAUCAUAUGGAAAACUGUUUGAGUCUGUGGAGUGUUACGAUCCACGGACCCAACAGUGGACUGCCAUAUGUCCACUGAAAGAGAGGAGGUUUGGAGCAGUGGCCUGUGGUGUUGCCAUGGAGCUGUAUGUAUUUGGAGGCGUCAGAAGUCGAGAGGACAUCCAAGGCAGUGAGAUGGUAACCUGCAAGUCUGAAUUCUAUCAUGAUGAGUUCAAGAGGUGGAUCUAUCUUAACGAUCAGAACCUGUGCAUCCCUGCCAGUUCAUCCUUUGUGUAUGGAGCUGUCCCCAUAGGAGCCAGUAUUUAUGUUAUCGGAGACCUGGACACAGGUACCAACUAUGACUAUGUGCGUGAGUUUAAGAGAAGCACGGGCACCUGGCACCACACGAAGCCACUCCUGCCGUCUGACCUUCGUCGCACAGGCUGCGCAGCUCUGCGCAUAGCCAACUGCAAGCUCUUCCGCCUGCAGCUGCAGCAAGGCUUAUUCCGCAUCCGGGUCCAUUCCCCUUGAAGAGGAAGAGGAGCCAAAAGUGAGAUCCUGCCCCAAGCGCAUCACGUGGCUGGAUGUCAGCAAGCACAGAGAAGCAGCUCCAUCUCGCUGUGUGCUGGGCUUCAGUAAUGGUUACUCUUAGGUGGUUUUUUAAUGCUUAGAAGCUUGGGCUUCUGCUCUUGUUUGGAACCGUGUAACUGUUGAAAAACUACCCGGGAGGAAUCAGUUCCUCCAGCCUGAUGCGUCUGUAAACUGUGGAGGCUAGUGAAUGUCAAAAGGAGGAGGGAGUGGGGGUUAGUGUCAUACGAAAUAUCAAAGUCAAAGCCCUAAGGUGCAUUUUCCCAGAAGGGAGCUCUUACCUAACUGAUGCUGUGUCCUAGUGUGUGUGGCUGUGGUAAACAAACAACAGAAUUCAUGUAUGCAAGCCAACACACCCAGCAUACAAGGUUGUCCUUGUACUGUGUGUGGAGAGAUAUAAUGCCUAGCCCCACUCAUUAAAUUGAGGUUUGUGCCAGUUAGUUCCCAUUUAAUACUAGUGCUCUGUCUUAAGAUUCUUUAAGAACUAUAUUCUGAUGAAUUGAAACUAAGAUAAAACUCCUGUCUGGCAGCAAUCUGUCUUAGUAAAGAUUCAGUCACCCAAGGAGAUCAAGUCCGAAGCCUUUGUAUGAGCUUAAAGGACUUACUCACUGUAAAAGGCUCUGUGUCAUGAAAGUUCCGGGGGUGCUGUCAGCUCAGGAGGAAGUUUGUACCAUUCUUCUUUUCCAUCUGGAAAACAAAACCAUUUUCUACACUCCAGGCUGUUAGUGCAGAGGAGAUUUUAGAGUCAGGCAAAUGAUAGAGAUCUGCUUUGACUAAAAGUGAUGAAACAACACUGAAAAAAAAGAAAAAGAAAAAAAAAAGCUGUCCAGAUAAUGUACAUAGGGAUUAAAAACUUCAUAUAAUCUGUCUGAAAGCACACUAAGUCCUGUUUACUGCUGCUUAGAAGUUACAGACUUGUCUUUGAAUACAGGUGUGUUUAGAAUCUUGUCUUUGUAACAGACCACUUCCAAAGCUGUCCACUGGUAGGAGUUUUAGAUGACUUUUCACUCCCAGUAAUGUUUGGCUGGUAGAAUAAACUACCUCAACUUAAUUUCAUUCUGUUCCCGCUAGUACCCUCUUCUCUUUCCCUCCUUAACCAUCACUCAUUGCCAUUUCCAGUCUCCUUCCCACCCCCCAUUAGUAAAAAAAUUCUAAGUUUGUAGAA